ACAAAGAGUGAACCAACAGUCAGUCCGUUUAGGGAUUACAGUUUUUAUUUCACAUCUGAACUAAUCGUAUUUAGAGGAAACCUUUGGAAGAAUUUUGACACCGUGUUCCUGAUGACAGCCUGUAUUUGUCUGGAAGCAGGUCUGUGGUGCUAAGUGACGGGCCGUGUAAACGGGGGCUGUAAAGAAGAACCCACUGUGGUGUGUGUGUGUAUAUGUGUGUGUGACGUUCAGGUUCGUCCGUCAUGGGUUUGUUGGCCUGGCUGAAGAGCCAGUUCAUCUUGCAGCUUCUCAUCGGAUUCGUCUUCGUGGUCAGCGGCCUCAUCCUUAACUUCAUCCAGCUUUGCACCUGUGUGCUUUGGCCAAUCGACAAGCAGCUUUACCGAAAGAUCAACACCCGACUGGCCUACUCACUAUGGAGCCAGUUGGUGAUGCUUUUAGAAUGGUGGUCAGGGACUGAAUGCACACUUUACUCUGAUCAAGAAACAGUGGAUAACUUUGGCAAAGAGCAUGUGAUAAUCAUUCUCAACCAUAACUAUGAAAUAGAUUUCCUAUGUGGCUGGACGAUGUGUGAGCGAUAUGGCGUGCUGGGGGGUUCCAAGGUGCUGGCAAAGCAGGAGCUAUUGAAAGUUCCAUUAAUUGGAUGGACCUGGUACUUUCUGGAGAUUGUGUUUUGCAAGAGAAAGUGGGAAGAGGACAGGGACACAGUGUUUAAAGGACUCGGACAACUUAAGGAUUAUCCUGAAUACAUGUGGUUCCUGCUCUACUGUGAGGGAACUCGGUUUACAGAGAAAAAGCACCAGAUCAGUAUGCAGGUGGCAGAAAGUAAAGGUCUCCCCAAACUCAAGUAUCACCUACUGCCACGCACAAAGGGCUUUACCACCACACUGCAGUGCCUGAAAGGAACCGUAAAAGCAGUAUAUGAUGUCACAUUGAACUUCAAAGAUAAGGAGAACCCUACGCUGUUGGGCAUUGUCAGUGGCAAGAAAUACAAAGCAGACAUGAAAGUUCGGCGUUUCCCAGUAGAGGAGAUUCCUGAUGAUGAGAAAGAGUGUUCAGACUGGCUACAUAAGCUCUACCAGGAGAAGGAUGAACUGCAGGGGUUUUAUGAGAAAGAGGGCUAUUUCCCUGGAGAGAUCAUCAAACCAAAGCGGAGGCUGUGGACGCUGCUUAACUUCUUGUUCUGGGCUACAGUGUUGCUCUCUCCCCUCAUUAACUUUGCCUGGGACGUCUUUGUCAGCGGAUCACCUUUCCUCAUCAUCAGCUUCAUAAUUUUCCUCAUUAUUGCCUCUAUAGCCGUGCGCCGUCUUAUCGGUGUAACUGAGGUGAAGAAGACUGGAUCUAGUUAUGGAAACGCAGAAGCCAAGAAAGCAAACUAGGACUUUGCACUGGUCAAACGGGUUUCUGAUCGCUCACUUUUACUGCUCGGGCUUGGAAUCGCCCGCCUGUGCAGUCUUUUUACCAUGACAUACAAACAACAGCAAAAAAAUAAUAACAAUGUCAACAUGGCAUUGAAGCAUGUGGGAGCUGAGGAUGUAGAUAAAUAUAACUUGAUAACCUAGAAUAAAACUUGUUCAUUUUGAUUAUUUGUUGGGAACAAACAGUCUGAAAAUAUUUGAGAUUAUAAUCUCCCUCGAUUUUGAGUGGAGAGGCAUCUGGACUGGACUGACCACUGGAAUGACAGCAGGAGGAUGAGGGGCAGAUCCCACCUCCUCUUGCUUAGCUUAGCCUCUCUAGAUCUAUUUUAUCAAGUGUCUCUACACAGCUGUGUAGAAUGGAACGUUUUUGUUUUAAUUUUUAUAGCUGGAUACCACCUAUUUUCUGCCACUAUAGGUGCACUCUUGUCCUUUUGCUGUGUCCUGCCAGCCCUAUCUGCCCAACUGCUACAUUAAACAGUGGUUCCCUCUGCAUGGCUCUGCACUGUCCAGCUGUAUUAACUCUAGCUGUAAAGGACUGUUAAAAAAUGCUAUGGCACAAUGUCCUGGCUUUCUUUGUUUAAGUUUUAUUUAAAGUCAUAUAUUUUGGUUUAUUUUACUGAUUUAGUUUGUAAUAAUUCAGAGGUGAAGAAUAACAGUAGAGUUAACCUUAAAACCCAGAGACAACUGCAUUAUGGAAUGUACUGUGAUGAGGUAGCUAAGGGUCUGUUGUCAUCAAAUGAAAUCAAUAGGAUUUUCACAAGAAAAGCCUGAAAAAAUAAAUAGGCUUUGGCAGGUUAAAUGUUGAGUGCUUGAAAAUGGGUAGCAAACGUAAAAAAAUUCUAAGAAUUUCAACAUUACAAUAUGAAGGAACUGUUGGACUGAAGCCGGGUUUAUACUUCUAUUUUAACAGGCUUCGCAGGCCUUUAAAUAGUUAGAUGGGUGCUUCAAAUAGGCAGAGCAGUUUGAUAAGUCAUUGGGAAGCAUUCAAAAUUUAACUCACUUUUACAGGGACUGACCAGCAAAGAUUUGUGAUUACAUAAAUAAAGCUUUAGCUCUGCUGCAGAGAUGAGAUUAGGUCAUUUGGGUCAUACUGCAAUAUACUGAACUAGAUAGUACCACUUGUGUGUCUACAUCAGUUUAACCCAGGCAUUUCAGCCUGCAGCUGUUUAUCCCAGUCUAUUCAGCAUAUAUUUGUUUAUCCCAGGCCAUUAGCGUACUAUCUGACAUAUGUCAAAAGUUUACAGAACAGCAUGGCUAAAUGUUUUGACUUUUCAUUUGUCCAACUCGCUGUUUUUUAUUUAGCAAUUUAUACAUUUCAACAGCACAUUUCUCCUUUAAUUCUACAUAGUUCUAGUGCACUGGCUCUAAUAAACACACCAACUGUCUUACUACACUAACUAUUGUAGGUACACAAUUGAAGCUCUCUGCCCAACACUGCCGAAGUGGCACAAUUCUUCUCACAAAUCGCUGUGUCUGCAUUUUUUUUUUAAACAAAACAUGUGCUUUUACAUACUGUAACUGCAUGUUUGCUACUUUGCACCCCUUUUUAGUAAACAAAUAUGAACCUCUAUUUAUUCUGAUAAAUCCUGAAUGCUCAUGACUUUUAGAAACACCUCUGCCUAAGCAUAAUACAGGUUUAAGGUUUAGUUCCAUCCGGUUUAAAUAGUUUACUCACUGUGAUGAUGACUGAAGCAAAUAUGAUUUAAAGCUAUUCUAAAAUGAACAUUUUUGGCUGUUGUAAAUAAAUUUCUGGAAAUCUUUUGAUCUUUUGUUCUCUGUUUGUUGUCCUGUCCUGCAGCCUUAGACUUGAUCUUGUAAUCAGAAUACACACUUGUAGAUUUACUUUUCAAAAAUUAAUAGUGAAUGCAGAGACUUUACCCAGUAAAAAUGCCUACAUCUAAAGCCUGUACACAUUUAAUAUAACUAAUACAAGCAAAACAAUGUCAGGACUUUAGAGCACAACAUGCAUAUUUAAUGUACUUGUUUACUACUUUGAGUGACACCACUUAGCCCAGCUACAAAUCUUAAAUUUGUCCUAUAAAUCUAGAUUCACAAGUGUAGGAAUAACCUAGUUUUUAUAGGAAAUUUCCUCAGAUAGUUCUUCAGAUGUGUAUUCUCGUUCUGGCCCCACAAUCACCAAGUUGACACUGUUGGGCCACUGAGUAAGGUCCAUAACACACUCGAAUUGUGUUCAGUCAUAAUUGUUAGUUGCUUUGGAUAAAAGCGUCUGCUAAAUGCUACAAAUCUACAUGUAAUCAGCUCAUCAAUCUUAUCACUCAAUUAGCUUCACUUCUCAACACUGCAUUGUCAUUUUUACAUUAUUGUUAUGUCAGCUACAGCUAGCUAACUCUUGUUUUUAUUCAAAUUUGUUUUUAAAGGCAACACAGGGCUGCACAAGACAAACUUGAUUUUAUAGGUUAGAAAGUUACCUCUCCCGUCCUUCUGACCCUUAAAAGAAAAGUAUAGCUUUUCUUAUAGGUUUGUGUAUUUAAAGUUUGCUUUUUUAUUUUCAAAACUAGUGAAGUGCAAUGGUGAAAAAUCUGUCUGCUGGUUUGCAUAAUUGUCUUUAUUAUAAAGAUUUGUGCAGGGCAUAUGUUUUGCUUGUUUCCAGUGAGAGGUUCAGUAGACCAGGCCAAAAAGUAAUUUUGAAAAACAUAUCAUAAUUUAAACAAUUAUUAAACAAUAAACUCCAGUAGGUAUGUCAGACCCAUAAGUGGUCCUCUCCUACAGUCCUGUUUUUUGCAAGUUAUUUAAUACAGUAGCGCUGGUUAUGUUGAUUACGCCACACUUUAUUACAAUUGGGUAAACCUGUUUAAAACAUGGUCUUUUUUAAGGUACUAAAGUUAUUUUUAAAAGAUUGCUGUCUGUCAUGAACAUUUACUCGGGAUAGGCAGCAACUGAGUUGCUUUGUGAAUUUGUUCCCAGAAUGAGGUUUGUGUGGGAGAAUGGAACAACACAUUUCAAAAUAAGGAGUGUUUCUAACACUGGGAUUUUAAAUAUGUAAGAUAACAUCCUCCUUCAGAAAUUCUGUUUUUAGGUUUUAAGUGUCAAUAAAGAGAGCAUAGAAAUAAUAAAUUGUUAUAGUCUAUUAAAAUUACAUAAUUUCUCCUUUUUUGUAUCAUAUACCAAAUCAAUUAAAGAAUUCAGAAAGUGA